AACCACUAUGACCAGCCAGGAACUGGGGCUUCCUAUUUUCGUUAGCAACGCGGUAGGAGACGCGGAAUCGACUCCAUUCAUGACAUAUGGCACGAUGCUGCAAAUCGAAUCCAUACAAGUUUAUCCGCUGGGUCGUAGCCAUAUCUGGACGGUCGGCGUAUCCAAGUUCAAGAUCAAGAAGUUGGGUUACCGGGAUGAUUACCUGAUCGCUAAAGUGGAACGAGUCGAUGAUUUCCCUCUUGCCGACGAGGAAGCAUUCGAACAACCCAACAGCCACUUACGUGUGAACAGAAGACGGUCCCCGCUGGCGGAGAACGUCAUCAAUCUGCCACAGGUCGCGUCCCACGAGGAUAACAAGGUGGAGGAAGAUAGGAUGGAAGAUGAUGGUGCGUCCUCCUCUGAACAAUCCUCCGGGGAAUACUCGGACGAAGAUUGCGGCGAAGAAGAAGACUCGCCAGGCGACUUCGCACGAACAUGGCACUUGAUCAAGGAAGCACAGUUGAUCGAGGAAGCACUGUUGCUCAAGGAAGCAUUGCAGUUCAAGCGAAAGAAUUUGGAAGCCGAUCAGCUCACAGCUACUCGAACGAAGAUGGAGUACGACGCCAAGGAAGCACUGUUUCUCAAAGAGGCACAGUUGUUCCACGAGGCACUGUUGUUCAAGGAUGCGCAGUUGUUUAAGGAGGCCUUACUGCUCAAGGAACCGUUUCUGUUGAAGGGAGAGAAUCCGGAAGCCAAUCAGCUCACGGGUGCUCGGACGAAGAUGGCGGCGAAGAAGGAGAUUCUCCAGUGCCCGGACGAACAUCACUCGUACGAAGAAGACUCGUAUGACGAACACUCCGACUAG